GAUCUUCUUCUUUUUUCAAACAGCUGAACGUGUUCACCUCGUCGUUGUCAAAGUUCAUAUUUGUGCAUCAUCUUGUCUGUUUUUUGGUUGGUGGGCUAAACAGAGAGCGAUGGCUGGUCCAGAGCUCCUACUGGACUCCAGUAUUCGGAUGUGGGUGGUCCUGCCCAUCGUCUUCAUCACUUUCUUUGUUGGAAUCAUUCGUCACUAUGUCACCCAGCUGCUUCACAGUGACAAGAAGCUCGACCUGGAGCAGGUUUCUGACAGCCAGGUGCUCCUGCGCAGCCGCAUUCUCAGAGAGAACGGAAAGUACAUUCCCCGACAGUCUUUCGCCAUGAGGAAACAUUACUUCAACAAUUCAGAAACCGGUUUCUUCAAGAAGGUUAAGAGGAAGGUUGUUCCUAAGAACCCCAUGACAGACAGCAGCAUGUUGACGGACAUGAUGAAGGGGAACCUGACCAAUGUCCUGCCCAUGAUUAUGAUUGGUGGAUGGAUCAACUGGGCGUUCUCUGGAUUUGUCAUAACAAAGGUGCCCUUCCCUCUGACUCUGAGGUUCAAGCCGAUGUUACAGAGAGGAAUAGACCUGCUGUCACUGGAUGCUUCCUGGGUGAGUUCAGCCUCCUGGUACUUCCUGAAUGUAUUUGGGCUGAGGAGCAUGUACAACCUCAUUCUGGGCCAGGACAACGCUGCUGACCAGUCGCGGGUCAUGCAGGACCAGAUGACAGGUGCUGCCGUGGCUAUGCCCCCCGACCCCAACAAGGCUUUUAAGAGCGAAUGGGAGGCACUGGAGAUCGUGGAACACAAGUGGGCGCUGGAGAACGUGGAGGAGGAGCUAAUGUCCAGAGACCUAAACUUCGGAACCUUUUUCAGCAGAGACAUCAAGUCCACCAUGUUUUAGAGCAGCAAGGCUCUGCGAGCUCUGGAGCACCUGUGAAAGAUUCUAGAGCUCUCCUCACCACAGAACCUGCUCUGAAGAACGUUCAGGUUCGACGAUGGUUCUGGAACACAGUUUGCACGAGUACUAGAGUGAAAUCUACUGAACUGUGUCUGAAAUCACUACGUCAGGCACUUAAUUCACUUUUUACCUUUUAUGAGCCUCCAAAUUCAAAGUGUGUAGAAGUUAUGCAAGGUGUAAACUUUCAGACAGAAAAAAAAACAACAGAUAUUAAUCACUUGUGAUUAUUGAGAAUUAUUUAUAACACAGAUGAUGAUGCUUUUAUUAAACAUUAUGACAGAAAGAAAAUCCA